ACAAAAAUGACUGUUUUGGCAGUACAUUGAGCUCCAUAGAGACAGCGCCGGGGCAAGUGAGAGCUGGACGGGCACUGGGCGACUCUGUGCCUCGCUGAGGAAAAAUAACUAAACAUGGGCAAAGGAGAUCCUAAGAAGCCGAGAGGCAAAAUGUCAUCAUAUGCAUUUUUUGUGCAAACUUGUCGGGAGGAGCAUAAGAAGAAGCACCCAGAUGCUUCAGUCAACUUCUCAGAGUUUUCUAAGAAGUGCUCAGAGAGGUGGAAGACCAUGUCUGCUAAAGAGAAAGGAAAAUUUGAAGAUAUGGCAAAGGCGGACAAGGCCCGUUAUGAAAGAGAAAUGAAAACCUAUAUCCCUCCCAAAGGGGAGACAAAAAAGAAGUUCAAGGAUCCCAAUGCACCCAAGAGGCCUCCUUCGGCCUUCUUCCUCUUCUGCUCUGAGUAUCGCCCAAAAAUCAAAGGAGAACAUCCUGGCCUGUCCAUUGGUGAUGUUGCGAAGAAACUGGGAGAGAUGUGGAAUAACACUGCUGCAGAUGACAAGCAGCCUUAUGAAAAGAAGGCUGCGAAGCUGAAGGAAAAAUACGAAAAGGAUAUUGCUGCAUAUCGAGCUAAAGGAAAGCCUGAUGCAGCAAAAAAGGGAGUUGUCAAGGCUGAAAAAAGCAAGAAAAAGAAGGAAGAGGAGGAAGAUGAGGAAGAUGAAGAGGAUGAGGAGGAGGAGGAAGAUGAAGAAGAUGAUGAUGAUGAAUAAGUUGGUUCUAGCGCAGUUUUUUUUUCUUGUCUAUAAAGCAUUUAACCCCCCUGUACACAACUCACUCCUUUUAAAGAAAAAAAUUGAAAUGUAAGGCUGUGUAAGAUUUGUUUUUAAACUGUACAGUGUCUUUUUUUGUAUAGUUAACACACUACCAAAUGUGUUUUUAGAUAGCCCUGUCCUGGUGGUAUUUUCAGUAGCCACUAACCUUGCCUGGUACAGUAUGGGGGUUGUAAAUUGGCAUGGAAAUUUAAAGCAGGUUCUUGUUAGUGCACAGCACAAAUUAGUUAUAUAUGGGGAUGGUAGAUUUGCAUCUUCAGUUGUCUCUGAUGCAGCUUAUACGAAAUAAUUGUUGUUCUGUUAACUGAAUACCACUCUGUAAUUGCAAAAAAAAAAAAAAAAAGUUGCAGCUGUUUUGUUGACAUUCUGAAUGCUUCUAAGUAAAUACAAUUUUUUUUUAUUAGUAUUGUUGUCCUUUUCAUAGGUCUGAAAUUUUUCUUCUUGAGGGGAAGCUAGUCUUUUGCUUUUGCCCAUUUUGAAUCACAUGAAUUAUUACAGUGUUUAUCCUUUCAUAUAGUUAGCUAAUAAAAAGCUUUUGUCUACACACCCUGCAUAUCAUAAUGGGGGUAAAGUUAAGUUGAGAUAGUUUUCAUCCAUAACUGAACAUCCAAAAUCUUGAUCAGUUAAGAAAUUUCACAUAGCCCACUUACAUUUACAAACUGAAGAGUAAUCAAUCUACUCAAAGCAUGGGAUUAUUAGAAUCAAACAUUUUGAAAGUCUGUCCUUGAAGGACUAAUAGAAAAGUAUGUUCUAACCUUUACAUGAGGACUCUAUUCUUUAACUCCCAUUACCAUGUAAUGGCAGUUAUAUUUUGCAGUUCCCACAUUAAAGAAGACCUGAGAAUGUAUCCCCAAAAGCGUGAGCUUAAAAUACAAGACUGCCAUAUUAAAUUUUUUGUUGACAUUAGUCUCAGUGAAGACUACAAAAAUGCUGGCUAUAGAUGUCUUUUCCCAUUUAUCUAAAUAUGGACUGCUCAGGAAACGAGACUUUCCAUUACAAGUAUUUUUAAUUAAUUGGGCCAGCUUUUCAAACAAAGAUGCCACAUUCAAAAUAGGGUAUAUUUUCCUAUAUUACGGUUUGCCCCUUUAUAAAUCCAAGUAGAUAGGAGGAAAGAAGACACUUAAACUUUGCAUCUCAGUAUGAAUUAUUCAAUUUAUUUGAAUGAUUUUUCUUUACAAAACAAACUCAUUCAUUAGUCAUGUUUAUCUGCUUAGCAGUUUAGGGAACAAUUUGGCAAUUUUGUGGUUUUCGAGAUUAUCGUUUUCUUAAAGUGCCAGUAUUUUAAAAUACCGUUCUUAUAAUUUUACACGCUUUUGUGAUGGAGUGCUGUUUUGUUAUAUAAUUUUGACUUGGAUUCUUUCCAUUUGCAUUUGUUUAUGUAAUUUCAGGAGGAAUACUGAACAUCUGAGUCCUGGAUGAUACUAAUAAACUACUAAUUGCAGAGGUUUUAAAAAAAAAA